AUGUCUAACGGCGGGUACUGCCCUAUUGGUGGCAAAUGCAGCAAUCCUGAGUAUUGUGCCGAAGGCUCCAUUUUCGAGCAGUCCAAUCAAGCCGGAGUUUGCCUAAGUUGCGGAGCGGAUGUGGUGAAAAAAGGAUACUACUGCGCUAACGGCACGAGCUCAGUCUGUCCACCUGGAUAUUACUGUCCUGUGGGUGGUACGUCCGGUCCUAUUCCUUGUCCGGAGGGAUAUUUCUGUAAACAAGGCUUUGCGAAGCCUGAGUCCUGCCCCUG